CCGCCCCCCUCCACCCUUGUGCAGAUCUUCUUUCCUAACUUCGGACUUGGAGAGGAUGGAUGGCACCGUCUGGACUGGAAAGUUGCGCUGCGUCAAGGAGCAUGGGCGCAAACUUUAAGAGCGCGCCGUGAACGACAAAACAACUCGUGUUCUGCCUAUCUUUCAUGCGUUUAUUUAGAAUGAAGGCAGGUGAGUCACCCGUGGUGUGAGAGAGGCGCAAAGAGCUCAUCGGCUCUUCAGGUAUUGAGGGGGGAAAUAAAAGGCGACACGGAGGAAGUCGUGAUCUUGCGCGGCGGAUUGCGCUACGGAGGACGGACGGAGGGGAACGCACUGAUGAGCCAACAUGGGUCCAUUGUUCUGUGAUGGACGGCUGGCGCACCUCCUCUUUCCUCUGCUCCUCCUCCUGCGGGCUCCCUUGUUAUUCAGCUUUGGUGAGCGGACCUGUCCCAACAGCUGCCGAUGUGAAGGGAAAACGGUUCAUUGUGACACGUCUGGAUUUCUAGAUGUCCCAGAAAACAUCACCGUCGGCUGCCAGGGCCUCUCCCUACGCUACAAUGAACUACACACCCUGCUACCGUAUCAGUUCGCUCACCUCAGCCAGCUCUUGUGGAUAUACCUAGAUCACAAUCAGAUUUCAGCCGUCGACAGUCGAGCAUUUCAGGGGGUCCGCAGGCUCAAGGAGUUAAUAAUGAGCUCCAACAGGAUAACAUCCCUUCACAAUUCGACCUUCCAUGGAAUUCCAAAUCUCCGUAGUCUGGACUUGUCCUACAACAAACUGGAAAUCCUGCAGCCGGGCCAAUUUCAUGGCUUACGAAAACUACAGAACCUUCACCUGCGUUCCAACGGUCUCUCCAAUAUCCCAAUUCGAGCUUUUCUGGAAUGCCGAAGUUUGGAAUUUCUGGAUUUGGGCUACAAUCGAAUCAAGGCUCUCACCCGCACCACCUUUCUCGGGCUACAGAGGUUGAUGGAGUUGCACCUGGAGCAUAACCAGUUCUCACGGAUCAACUUUUUUCUAUUUCCACGUUUGGCCAAUCUGAGAUCGCUCUAUCUGCAGUGGAAUCGCAUCAGGGUGGUCAACCAGGGCCUUCCUUGGAAUUGGUAUACGCUUCAAAAGCUUGACCUGUCUGGAAAUGAGAUACAGACACUGGACCCCGCUGUGUUUCACUGCUUGCCCAAUCUACAAGUCCUGAACCUGGAAUCCAACAGGCUGUCCAAUGUGACUCAGGAGGCAGUGUCGGCAUGGAUUUCACUGACCACCAUCAGCCUUGCUGGCAACAUGUGGGACUGUGGGACUGGCAUUUGUCCACUUGUUGCCUGGUUGAGGAAUUUCCGGGGCAGUAAAGACACCACCAUGAUAUGCAGCAGCCCAAAGUACCUGCAGGGUGAAAAGAUAAUGGAAGCCACAAGAAGUCACGGCAUUUGCGAGGAAACUGAUUACGUUUUGACGGAGACACCCUCACCCAUGUCAGAGCUCAUUUCUGAAGCAACUGCUGAACCGACCUUUGCCCCCACUAGCGGCUCUCCACCUAUGCUACCAACAAGCACGUAUGGUCCUCUACCACCGUUCAGACCUCGGCCCAUUCCCAAUCCUACCUUUCCGGGGCAUGUGAGCAAAGAUCCCAGAGACUCGGUGGUUCGCCCUCGACCCACCCACAUGCCACCUCCAGAGAUGGAGCACAUGACUCUGCACAAAGUGGUGGUGGGCAGCGUGGCACUUUUCUUCACCAUGUCCCUAAUCUUGACAAUUAUCUAUGUGUUGUGGCGGCGCUACCCAGGUGCAACAAGAUUGCUGCAGCAGCGAUCCAUGGUGGGACGGAAGCGUCGCAAAAAGAGUCCCGAGCCAGAGCAGACCCUCAGCUCCCAGCUCCAAGAAUAUUACAUGAGUUACAACCCUGCUGCAACACCAGAAGCAUUGGAAGUGCUAGGCAAUGGCACUGGUUCCUGCACUUGCACAAUUUCUGGCUCCAGGGAGUGUGAGAGUGACUACACGUGUCCACGCCCCCUACCUGGUGCCUGGCUCGGAGAUGUGCCUACCAUCCAUUAACCCUCAACAAGGAAGUGCUUUUGGACGGUGCAGCAAAAACACAGACAUCAAGCAAGGAGCGAGAGAGACAGAUAUGCAGAGAACCCAUCAGGAUCCUACUUUCAUAAUUCAAAGGACGCAUCGCAUUGAUACUCGACGUUAACAAAGGCAACCAUGGACCAAAAUGGAGGAGGAGAUAUUCCUGUCUUUUUUUUUCGUUUUGUUUUGGUUUCUAUUCGAAGGAUUUUAUAACGUCUUUUCUCUUCUGUUCUUUAUUUUCUUGGUCGUUGGUCAUUAGCUUUGCUGCACACCAUCACGCUUCAUCACGGACGUUGAUGCCGCUGGCUGACGGACGCGUGGUCUUUCGCGUACGUUAGCGGCGUCAGAAGCCUUUCGUGGCGGAAGACUCACGACAACUUAAUAGACGGUUCCGGCCGACGAGGGAGCUCACUGUACAGACUUUAAACAGCUUAUGGUCUCCGUGAGGACUACGAGGCGUUGUACAAAAUCCAAGAGGCUUCAAAAAAAAAAAAAAAAAAAAA